AAUAUUAUGACGAGUUACAUUUAGAAUCCAUCAAUCGUUUUAAUACUUGAAAAGCUUUUGGAUAUCGAAGUUACAUUUUUAGAUACAUUUCCCAAAACAACAAUUGGCGACGUUUCGAGCAGGCAAAUCAGGAGAAUGCGAAUGGGCUUAAAAACAACCCUUGUUGCGGCUGUGACCUUCCUAGCAUUGACAAUAUGGAGCAGAAUGUUCAAUUAUAUACAUGGAAGUACACCACAACAGAACUUGGAGCGCGCAAAUGAAGUACUGAUGGACACACGGGACGAUUGGCAAAUCCCACACAACUUCACACGGGAAAUGCUCAAUGCGACAUCGAUUGGUGAUAAAUGGGAUAUACUGGCCAGCUACCUUGAAAACAAACAGGUAUGGUGUCCCCGUCAAAAAAGGUUUGGACACGAAGGAGAUGGUGGAAAAGAUAUAUGCGUGGCACAUCCAUUUAACCUCGUCCAUAGACAGUGUACAGUUUAUUCAUUUGGGAUCGGAGAUGACUUCAGUUUUGAUGACGAGAUUGCAAAAACAUGUGAAGUUUUUUCAUAUGAUCCAACGACAAAGAUGAAAGACCACACACGAGGACAACAUGUGCAUUUUUACAAUACUGGCGUCAAAGGCGUACAAAGUAGAUUGUCCAAGAAAUACAAAAUGAAAACUGUUUUGGAGAUUUUCCAGGAAAACAAGCAUUUACACACCAUCAUUGACGUGUUUAAAAUAGAUGUUGAAGGAAGCGAAUGGGGAGUUAUAAAGGAAAUGCACAAAUCAGGAGUCCUGUCUCAGAUCAAACAAAUAUCAAUGGAGGUGCACUUUAGUAAUAAAUAUGAAGAAUAUUAUCAAAUAUUACAACUGUUAGAAGAAGCAGGAUUUCAGCUAUUCCAGUCCGAACCUAAUCUUCUAACUGAACUACUGUCUAAGACAACUGGUAGGAAGGAGAAAUUUAAAAUUCACCUUGCGGCUGCCGUGGGAAAUGUGACUGCAAAAGUAUCAGAGCGCAGAAAUUCUGCGGCGAGCGUAGAAAAGCUACUGGCCGCAGAAAUGAUAGACCGCAAGGUCGCCGUAGGAAAUGUGACUGGGGAGUUAGUCUAG